AUGGCAUCCUUUGCUACACAUAAAUGUUUUGAUAUCGCAAAUAAUAAUGCUUCGGUCUUUUUCUUUCUUCUCUUCUCUCUGGCCAUGAUUUACAUGCAUGUAGCUCAUGGGGUUGAAGAUAAGCCAAUAUUAUUCAUAUUUGGAGACUCCACUUUUGAUGUUGGAACCAACAAUUUUCUUAGGUCUAAAGCAAAGGCCAACUUCCCCUACAAUGGGAUUGAUUUUCCACAUUCAGUUCCUACUGGAAGGUUCAGCAAUGGCUUUAACACUGCUGACCAAAUUGCGAGACAAUUUGGUUAUCAGAAGAGUCCACCACCAUUUUUGGCUUUGGAAAAGCUUCAAUACAGUUUCAAGAGGAACAUUCUGCAUGGUGUAAAUUUUGCGUCUGGAGGAUCUGGAAUUCUUAGACAAACAGGGUUCAAUCAAUCGGGAGAAGUGGUUUACCUUGAAAAGCAAGUGCAACAAUUUGCAUUGGUCCGUGGAAAUAUCAGAGAGAUAUUGGGGCCAGCAAAAGCUGCUUGUUUUGUUUCGAAGGCUUUGUUUCUCAUCAGCGUUGGAAGCAACGACCUCUUCGAUUUUGCAGGAAAUGACAGUGGCAUUCAUAUGGGCCAGGAAGAAUAUUUGGCUAUUAUACAACUCAACUAUUACUCUCAUAUAGUGAAACUGUAUGAGUUAGGGGCUCGGAAAUUCGGCAUUCUUAGUGUUCCACCCAUAGGGUGCUGUCCCGCUUUGAGUUUUGCCAAUGGAGGGAACUGUGUGACACCACUGAAUGAUUUGGCUGUUGCUUUCUACUCAGCAAUUCGUGAUCUUCUGCGAAAGUUGAGUUCGGAGUUGGAAGAUUUGGAGUACUCACUAGCCAACACUUUUGCAAUGACCAUGACCUUGUUAAACGAUCCAUUGGCCUUCGGGUUGAAGGACACAAAGUCAGCAUGUUGCGGAAGUGGAAAAUUCAAUGGAGAGGGUCCAUGCAUAAAAGCCCCGAACACCAAUCUUUGUUUGGAUCGUAGGGAUCACUUGUUUUGGGAUUUGUUUCAUCCAACUGAGACAGCUACGGGGUUGGCAGCUAAGACUCUAUUUGAGGGAGGGAAUGAGUUUGUGAUUCCAGUGAAUUUCAGUCAAUUAAUUAGUUCGUAUUAA